AUGGAUACACAAAGAUUACCCAAGAAAGAAGAAGAUGAUGAUUAUCAACCUUCUUCAACCAUCGAGUCAAUAAAUGCUUUCUCUCAUGACCAACACAGCUACUCUAUGGAUGAUUUCGAGAGCAUUUUCGACCUCAACCUUGACGGUUCAAAAUGCUCUCAAGAACUCACGUGGGAUUUCUUUAAAGAAGAUGAAGAUGUAGAGGAAGAAGAAAAAAGAUUGAGUACUGAUCAAGAAGGCUCAAGUUCUGGGGUUUGGGAUAACAUGCCAACGGAUUAUGAAGACAAAGAGUUGGGUCUGAAGCUGAACUUGAACCAUCAAGAAGUUAUUGAUGCUUGGUCUGAUCGCCCUCAGAAACCUCUGUGGACAGAUACUUCAAUGCUAAUGGCUUCGGCUAAUCCCCUUUAUAGUGGAGAAGUACCGGUGAUGGAUGAAGAAAGAAACACGAGAAGAGAAGCGAGUGUGCUGAGAUACAAAGAGAAGAGACAAAGUAGGCUCUUCUCUAAGAAGAUAAGGUAUCAGGUCCGAAAACUCAACGCUGACAAACGACCUCGUUUCAAGGUGUCUCUCUUAUUCCUUGUUUUCCUUCUACAUCUUAACAUGAACUCGUUUUAA